GGAUGUCCUGGAUCAUAUGAAGUAGCUUCAGAGACCCCUCCUCUCUGUGCUUAGAGAAAGGAACAGGAAGGAAGUAAGAAGUUUGGAGGCCUGGAUACCUGCCUGGAUUCUAAGCUACAUCGGUUUCUCUUCUGGACCUUAAGUCAGACAACACUCAGCCCCCUAGUGCACACUUCGUUUCCACCCCGUGUCACUGAUCCGUCACAGAGACCUCAGCAAUCAACUGAUCAACGGAGAAUGGGGCUCUGGGCUCUGGCUAUCCUGACAGUUCCCAUGUGCUUCAUGGUAACAAAGGGCAGCAAACUGUCCUGGGGCCUCGAAGGUGAGGCUUUAAUUGUGAGCUGCCCCCAGAGGAGAGGCUCCCCCGUGGAAUGGCACUACUCAGAUACAAACGAACGUAUUCCUACUCAAAGAAGAAGUCGGAUCUUUGUCUCAAAAGACCGUCUGAACUUUCUCCCAGCCAGAGUGGGUGACUCUGGGGUUUACUCUUGCAUUAUCAGAAGAAGUCCCAACAUGAAUAUGACUGGAUACGUGAAUGUCACCAUAUAUGAACAGCCGCCGGGCUGCAGCCUUCCCGACUAUAUGAUGUACUCGACAGUCCAUGGGUCAGUAAGGAAUUCCAAGAUAACCUGCCCAACGACGGAGCUCUAUAACCUGACAGCACCCGUGCAGUGGUUUAAGAACUGCAAAGCUCUCCGAGAGCCCAGGUUCAGGGCGCACCUGUCAUACUUGUUCAUCGAUGACGUGAGGAGUGAUGACGAAGGUGACUACACGUGCAAAUUCACACACACAGAGAACGGAACCCGCUACAAUGUGUCCGCAACGAGGUCCUUCACAGUGGAAGAAAAAGGCUUUUCUAUGUUUCCAGUAAUUACAACCCCGCCAAAGAAUGCAACAGUGGAUGCAGAAAUAGGCAAAGCGGUGAACAUCACCUGCUCAGCUUGCUUUGGCAAAGGCCUUCAGUCCUUGGCUGUUGUCCUGUGGCAGAUUAACAAAAGGAACAUUAAUAAUUUUAGUGACGCAAGAAUUCAAGAAGAGGGAGGGCAAAAUCAUAGUUCCAGCAAUGGCCUGGCUUGUUUAACCUCGGUGUUAAGGAUAGCCAGUGUGAGAGACAAGGACUUCUCCCUGGAAUAUGAGUGUGUGGCCCUGAACUUUCACGGCGGGAUAAGGCACUCCAUAAGCCUGAGAAGGAAAGAGCCAAUUGACCACCAAAGCACCUACUACAUAGUUGCUGGAUGCAGUGUGUUGCUAAUGCUUGUCAAUGUCUUGGUGAUAUUCUUAAAAGUGUUCUGGAUUGAGGCUGUGCUCUUCUGGAGAGACAUGGUGACACCGUACAAAACUCAGAAUGACGGCAAGCUCUAUGACGCCUACGUCAUCUACCCACGGGUCUUCCAGGGCAGCGCAGCAGGGAGCAGCUCCGUGGACCGCUUUGUUCAUCACACGCUGCCCGACGUUCUCGAGAAGAAAUGCGGCUACAAGUUGUGCAUUUAUGGGAGAGACGUGCUGCCCGGACAAGACGCAGCCACGGCCGUGGAAAGCAGCGUCCGGAAGAGCAGGCGGCACGUGUUCGUCCUGGCGCCUCUCAUGAUGCACAGCAGGGAGUUUGCCUACGAGCAGGAGGUUGCGCUGCACAGUGCCCUUAUCCGGAACGAGUCCAAGGCCAUCCUGAUUGAGGUGGAGCCUCCGGGCGAGGAGAGCCGCCUGCAGGUGGAGGGCCUCCAGAGUUCUCUCCAGCACCUCGUGAAGACGCAGGGCACCAUCAAGUGGCGGGAGGACCACGUGGCCGACAAGCAGUCUCUGAGCUCCAAAUUCUGGAAGCACGUGAGGUACCAAAUGCCAGUGCCGAGCAGGCCCCCCAAGACGGCAGCUGUCGGGGCGCCUUUGGCUGGCAAGGCGUUGGACCUGAGACGCUUCUAAUCGCCGGAACUGGGUGUGUCCCAGCGGCAGAUGUGGGAGGGUGGAAGGGCGAAGGCUUGAGAUGCUAAGCUCCCGCUUACAAGGCGCCCUGUUCUGUCCUCCAGAGGCCAAACACCAGUGCAAAGCACAUUCCCAGCGUGCCAGAUCCCUUUCUUCUUUUCAUCGGGACUUCACGCAGUUCUGCCAUGUCAAUAUUGCCAAGUUCGUUAGAAUAAGCUAUAGAAAUUGCCAUUACAAUCAAGCUUUCUUUGGUUCUAAAUGUCUUUAUAUUUUUUUAUUAUCCUUAGCAAUAUCUUCUCACUAUAGAAGUAAUAAAGGUAUAUUAGAAAACAUGAAGUAUAAAAUAAAAUACAAUAAAAUAUACAAAUAAUACAAAUGAAAGAAAAUAUAAUAAAAACCACAACCCUGUCAUCCUAAGGUUAAUUUUGGUAAGUUAUAAUUACAACUUAUCUGUGUAAUUUGUAGACUGUACUGUAUGUACUUUGCAUUUUCCCUUUUUCCCGCCUGGAAAUCUGCGGCCUGUCACAGAUUCAACUUUUACAGAUGUUCAGAAUGUCCCACCUCAGCGUGUGCUGCCGACUGCAGCUGAAGCAAGUCUGCCUUGCCAGCACAUCUACCUACGGCAGAACUGUGUCUGUCGCUGUGGGACAACUUACUUUUUGUGAUACUUCUAUGUCUGGAGAGUGUGGACAGAACAGACCUAAUCUGUAGCCAAAGGCCCCCUAAACAGCCAUCUUCGGGAGAGCACACAAACUUUGGGGUCACAGGUACCCAGGGAAUGGGUCCAGAGCUGCGGCAAAUGUCUUCCUGGUGCCUCGAGCUUUGAGUUUUGCUGACAGAUGUGAGUCUGGCCUCCAUUGACAGGAUUCCAGACUGACAUGACAAUGAAAGCAGAGACUCUAGAAAGGGGAGCAAUCUUGAACUCACGGUCAACAUACACUUCAGAGCUCUGGCUGCAGAGGGCUCCUAUCUAGAUUCACGUGAAAAGGGCCUAGAGUAGCCCACCUUUCAAGGGACUGGGUGCUCUGUCUGUGAGUCAGAUGGCCAGGUGAACGUUUGCUGAAGUUCAGUUUAAAGGCUGAGGUUUAGCUGGAGAUGAUUUGGAAUUGAAAUUUGCCUGUGUAUCUAUGCUGUAGCUGGGUGGUUUGUUAAUCCACCUGGCCCUCUGAAGAUUGCUCUAACAGCAUCUGCUUUUACUGCAUUGCCGAAAGCAUGCUGUGUAUAUAACUGACUGUACCCCAGGACGUGGAGUCGGGAAGCAAUGCUUGCUUCGGGCAGCUAGCCCUGGGAUGGUCAGUUCCCCAAUGUCCUCAAACAGUAGUUCCUCUUAGGUCGAAUGAAACAUAAUGCCAUGCUGGAUUCUUUUGCUAACAGAAAAUGGAAGUACUUGGAUUUCAGAAAGAAUUCAAUAAAUACUCAUAUUUGUAAUGUGAAA